GAAACGUAAUUUCACAGUCAACAGAAGUGCAGUAUUCGUUGGUAUUUGUAAAAUGGCGGGUGUUAUCACUCGCUGUACCCAGAUUCCAAGAAAACAAUUAAGUCUUCUUGGUGUUGCUUUAAAUAACCAACAAAUAAAAAAUUUUGCGGAUGCUGCACCAGAGGGGAAGAAAUUUGGAAGUCCGUUAAAUGAUCAGGAUAGGAUAUUCACUAAUUUAUAUGGUAGACAUGACUGGAGAUUAAAAGGAGCAUUAAAAAGAGGAGAUUGGUAUAAAACCAAAGAAAUAAUUUCUAAAGGAGCUGAUUGGAUUAUUAAUGAAAUAAAAGUAUCUGGUUUAAGAGGACGUGGAGGUGCUGGAUUUCCUUCGGGAAUGAAAUGGUCUUUUAUGAACAAACCUUCAGAUGGAAGACCUAAAUAUUUGGUGAUAAAUGGAGAUGAAGGGGAACCAGGAACUUGUAAAGAUCGUGAAAUUUUGCGUCAUGAUCCUCAUAAAUUGGUCGAAGGCUGUUUAAUAGCUGGCCGUGCUAUGGGAGCAUGUGCGGCUUAUAUUUAUAUUAGAGGAGAGUUUUACAAUGAAGCUUCCAACAUGCAAGUGGCUAUUGCUGAAGCCUACCAAGCAGGUCUGAUAGGAAAAAAUGCAUGCGGAUCGGGCUAUGAUUUUGAUAUUUUUGUUCAGCGAGGAGCUGGGGCUUAUAUAUGUGGUGAAGAAACAGCUUUGAUUGAAUCCAUUGAAGGAAAACAAGGUAAACCAAGAUUGAAACCACCCUUUCCAGCAGAUGUUGGGCUUUUUGGAUGCCCUACUACUGUAACAAAUGUAGAAACCGUUGCUGUUGCGCCGACUAUCUGUCGUCGAGGAGGUUCAUGGUUUGCUUCAUUCGGCCGAGCGAGAAAUCAUGGAACAAAAUUAUUUAAUAUCUCAGGUCAUGUCAACAACCCUUGCACGGUAGAGGAAGAAAUGUCAAUACCUUUGAAAGAGCUGAUAGAAAGGCAUGCUGGUGGUGUUAUUGGAGGCUGGGAUAAUUUGCUAGGUGUUAUUCCCGGCGGAUCGUCAACUCCUAUUAUUCCAAAGAAUGUUUGCGAUACCGUACUUUUGGAUUUUGAUGAUCUUGUCAGAGUGCAAAGUUCUUUCGGUACUGCAGCCGUGAUCGUGAUGAAUAAACAGACUGAUGUUAUCAAGGCGAUCGCGCGACUCAUUAGCUUCUAUAAGCAUGAAUCAUGUGGCCAAUGUACUCCUUGUCGCGAGGGAAUCAGUUGGAUGUACAAAAUAAUGAAUCGAUUUGUCCAAGGAAACGCAGAAGAACAUGAAAUUGAUAUGCUUUGGGAGCUUACAAAGCAAAUUGAAUUACAUACAAUUUGUGCUCUAGCUGAUGGUGCUGCGUGGCCGGUACAAGGUCUUAUUAGACAUUUCAGGCCUGUGAUUGAAGAGAGAAUGCAAAAAUUCAAACAAUCUGCAGCAAAUUAAAAAUUUUAAGACUCUUCUAAUCUGAGAUUAUAAUGGAUAACAGCAGGAUAGUUUAAAAAAACAGCUAGUGAAGUGACUUACAAAAUAAUAUUGUAUUGCACGGGAUAAAAUAAUACGAUUACUCAUGGUAGUCACAUUUCUGAAAAACCUGAAAUUGUCAGAGAAUUAUAGAUGUACUGGAAAAAUCAUGGAAAAGUCAGGAAAUUUUAUUAUAAAGCUAGAAAAAUUUUUUACUUUCUUUUUUUUUUGACUGGAACAAUCUGAUGAAUUUUUUUUCUGUCGAUAUGUUCACUGGGAUGGCCUUGUUAGCCUAUUUUAGAAAAUUUUAAAAAAGUUUGUAUACUUUAUGAAUGCGGUAAAUUAAAAAAUCUCAUCGACUCUAUGAGAUUUAUGAAUCAUCAUAAAAUCAUUUUUUUUCAAAUAAUGCUGCAUUAUAUGGGCCCAUUUAAAUUACUUCACAAAAUUUUAUGAUUCACACACCUGCACAACAUGAUAUUGACUCAAAAAUUUUUGUUAGAUAGAAUUUGCUAGAACUCAAUUACUAUAAUUUAUAAUAUUAUAUAAAAAAUUAUAUCAAAGCUUUUAGACUGAAUGGAUAAAUAUGUAAGAUUAUUGUAAACGUGCGUUUUGAUUUUACGAUUUGAAGAUCGAGCGCAAAGUCUAGCUGAUUCUACGGCCAUCUAUUGGAAUGAUUUGUAUAUUGAUUGGCACUUCCUUAGUCACUUGGGCCAUGUCAGAGGCCACCUAGAUCGAAUUCGAACUUAGACGACAGUGGGGUAGUUCCACCCCUCCAAAAAUUAAGAUAUAAAAGGGCCAGCAAACACUUGCUCGAGAGACUUAGGCCCUGGCCAUCACCUAGAGUGGACUGAGGACGCUUAGCGAGGUCCCACUCUAGCACCAGGACUCAUAACAAUUUAUUUGAGUCGGCCUAACCAUAUCUAGUCUAUUAGUUUGAUAUAUCUAGUCAUUGAGUCCAACACUGAAGUUCAAGGAUCGAGUGAACUCAUUCAAGCUCAAGCGAUCGAUUCGGGCUCAAGCGAUCAUCACACAAGUUCGAGUGCUUGACGAGUUAGUCACGCAUAAGCCGUUUUCAUUUUGCAAGACUUUGAAAAUUUUAAUUCGUUUCUAUAAAAUUAUAGUGUAAACUGGUUUAUAAAACCAUUCGGUCACCUUGUGCAAUUUUGUCUGAGUGAUUUCGCGAGAGUGUCCAGCACCAAUAGCCCAGGAACCUGAAAAGAAGCUCCGUUGAGGUCCAAGAUGCAGCGACGGCCGAUACCAUCAGUACGUCGUAUACAAUAAAAUCCAGAUAAGAUUAUAAUAAAGUUUUGCUAUUUAUAUCUCUCUCUUCAACGUAAAUUUAGCGUAAAUGGCAAUUAUUUUAUUUCCCGCGUUAAUUAAAUAACUGCGCGUUAAAUGAAUUUAUUUAUUGUCAAUGGACAUUUACUUAUUUAUUUAUUUAUUUAUAGAAGAAAUUUAAUUUUAUAUAAAGGGGAAUUUGUACAUAUUUGGGAAUUUGGUUAAAUAAAAUCUAUUAUAUAUAAUAAUUGAA